AUGAGCAGCGCCUUCGCGCCGAAUGGCAUCCCAGCUGCUUAUGCCGAAAGUCAAGCCGAAGGCAACAGCAAUGCGUCGCCAGCGGUAACACAAGACAGCAAUCAAGGGACAGCGCAAGGUCUGGGUCUGUUGUCGACCUACCGCACGCAGACACCGCGAGAACUUGCACCGCCAGCUGGCUCCCCGAUAGCACACAUCAAUUGCAGCGUCUAUGCAGGCCACAGGCAAGCCGAUGGUCCGGCGACAGCGCCACCGGCGAUCACCAUGAUACCUGAGCGCACAUUUGUCCCUCCGCCAAAAGGCUUCUUUGCGGCGGGCCCGAACAGGAGCUCAUCAGCGGAAAGCACGCCAGUGUCACAAGCAGAAGCUAUGCUGCCGUCGUGUGUACCCUCGAAAGGCAGACGAAGAGAAUCGCUCGGCGCGCAGAUGCGGAAGGGCGCCAGUGGCUCGCACUUUCAUGCAUCGACGGCAGACACGAUCAAUGCCGCAGCGGGAGCACGGCCCAUCCCUACGGGUGCUCCUGGCAACCGCGCUCGCUCGCCAAGUACGGUCAGUCGGUACGGAGCGUCACCUGGUGUGCGCUUGCCGAGCGGAGGCGUAGGUGGAGAUCUGUCGACCUCAUUCGGCGCUGCGGCCGAGACCCUCUCGCGUUCUGGCCCGCUCCUGACCACCAGCAUCACAAACGGGCGGUACGGCACUUCGGUCUCGUCAUCUGGCACCACAGCACGGCCGAUCCCGAUGAGCAGCGCCAGCAAGAAGGCUAUGGUUAGUCCGGGUUGCACACACACGCACUUUGGUGUCGAGUGCACGGGACCCUCGAUCCUCGAUGCGAACCUGCCGAACCUGCCGCCUAGCCAGGCAGCCCUGGCACAGCUCAAGGCAAACAGCGAAGCCGCCGCCGCUGCAGGCAAGCACCUACACCACCAGCAGGUCGGCCGUCGUGGUAGCGCAGACACGAGCGCUUCGGCGAUGGAUGAUGGCUCGGCUGCAAGUGGCACCAAGGCCGGCAAUGGGGAAGACGUCAUCUACAAUGGUAUGAGCGUCGAUCAGCUGCUGCAUCGCUGCGAGUCCUGCGCAAAGGUGUACCGGCAUCCGUCCUGCUUGAUUAAACAUCGUUGGGAACACACUGUCUACUGGAAGGAGGCGAGCAAGUUUCUGCUGAGCAAGCAUCAGCAAGUGCAGCUGCUGGAAGCGGCCGCCAUCUUGGUCGGCAUGGACUCUCAGUCGCGCUCUCUGCCUGAGGAGAAGGCACUGUGGCCUGCGGCGGUGAGCCCACCUUCGAGCGGCCUGCUCGGGUCUGAGGUCUUUAACUACGAGCGCUUGAUGGAGGGGAGGCGGUUACGCCAACAACAGCAGCGCGAUCGCGGUGUCUCGCCGAGCAUGAGUCCGCUCAACAAUCUCUCUCAGCUCUACCUCGAGUCUAGCGCUCCCGCUACGGCGCCUGCAACUACCAAUGGCUUUCACCAGCAGCAGUCGGCUACAUCGCCGGCCACGGUGCAGGCGCAACAAGCGCAAGUUCAGCCGCAGCCGAACAAGCCUUCUCAUGCUCGCACGCAAGGCGUUACCCCCGCUCUGCAGACUCAGCCCACCGGCUCGGCUGUGGGGCGCAAACUGCCUCUGUCGAGGGACGCGCGUGCUGGCUCGGAAGAAACGACACCGGAGGAAGACUUGAUGGAAGAUGUCACGCGCUCGUCCACGACCACCACGCUUGGCGGGCACAGCAGCAGCCAUACGUCUCCUUCAGGCACCAACGCCGACUCGCCUGGCCGCUCGACAAACUCGUCCGGCGGUGGCGACCAGGACGAUGGAGACGAAGAUGAUGAUGAGUACGCGAGAGACGGGCAGCGCUAUGGCAUGAGCUCGGGCGGAGAGGUAUUUGCCGAGCUCGACAUGGACUAG